AUGGUGCAAUCUCGGACAAAAUCGUUUCAGAUGUUCUCCGAAGACAAAAAGCAGCUUAUUGGCAUCGUCGGUGCUUCUGUUGUCACGUACGCUGUCGCCUCUCGCUUGUGGAGCUACCUCCGAUCUUGUCCAGCCCCUCUUGUUCCUAUCGGAAUAGUCAAGGAAUUGUAUGUGUACCCAGUGAAGUCUUGUAAGGGAAUCAGUGUGUUUUCGUUCUACUGCCAUGAAUUGGGGCCGAUUUCUGCUGAACACUUUGAUCGACGAUUCAUCGUCAUUGAUGGCAAAACCGGACGGUUUUACACUGGUCGUCAAAAACCUGUGAUGGUUACUAUAGAGUGUAAGAUCGAGGACGGCAUCUUAACCCUGCGAUCCAGGGACGGAAAUAGUGCACAAGUGGACUUGGCCGAAGUGUCUCGAAGCAGGGUUAUCCGAACUGCAACGCUUCACUCCAAGUUACGUACCGAUGGUCUCGACUGCGGUGACAAGGCGGCUGAGUUUUUUUCGAAAGCAAUUGAUGAACCAGAUGCUCGUCUUCUGAUGUAUGAAGAGGGUCUUUUCACCGAAAGGACAUGUGUUACACACCCGGAUUGGUGGAACAACAACGUUCCAAAAAGAAAAGAUGAUGUUUCCAGUAAAAAUUUCCGCCCUGUGAUUGUUGUUGAUCACUGUGCAGCUUGGGACGAGGACAAAUGGAUUGAUCUCCAGAUAGGGGAAGCUCGUCUACAGUGCUUCAAACCAUGCACAAGGUGUGUUUUCACCACAAUUGAUCCUUCCACUGGCGUUAUGGAUAACGAGCUGCAACCAUUGAAGAAACUGCGACAGUGGGUCGUGUACAUCAGCUUUCUUGACCGUUACUUGAUCAAUCUGUUAAGAUUUCGACUGGCACCUGAAGGCCCUAUGCGGCAACAAUUCAAAGAUUCACCCAUUUUCGGAGUGAAUGCGGGUGUCGACAAACCU